AUUUAAAUGAGUUAAAGAAUCUACCAUUAGAUUCUAGAACUUUAUUAAACUGUCCUAAAUCUGGUAGUGCACCUAUUAUUCGAAUGGAAAACGGUCAAUAUUUUCAUUUGGGACUAAGAGAAGGUUUAAUACACUUAUUGCAACAGUAUCCAUACUUGCAACAAUUAAAUGUAUUACCUGUUUGGAUAGCAAUAGACAGAAUACCAAUAUUAGGUCAUGAAUUUUGGCCAAUUAUGGGAGGUCUAAAAUUGGAUACUGAACAAAUCCUUCCAUUUGUGAUUGGAGUUUAUUGUGGGAACAAAAAGCCAGGAAAUGUCACAGAAUACUUGAAACAACUAAUUGAAGACAUUAAUCAUAUUUUAGAUAAUGGAUUUGAGUUAGAUAAUCAAAUAUAUAACAUCAAACUUAUGGGAUUUAUAGCUGAUGCACCUGCCAGGUCAUUUUUGAAGUGUAUCAAAGGACACAUGGCUUAUUUUGCUUGUGAAAAAUGUACAGAAGAAGGAUAUUAUACAGAGAAUCGUAUGUGUUUUCCUGAUGGCAAUGCAAAUUUAAGAGAUGACAUAUCAUUUUGUGAGAAAUUGCAGCCAGAACAUCAUACAGGGGAUACACCUUUACUAUUAAUACCAUCUUUAGGUUUGGUUUCAAAUUUUUCCAUUAGAUUACCUACAUUUAUGCUGUUUAG